AUGUAUAUUUCAAUUGCUGGUGUAUUCUUGGUCCUGUCUGGAUGUGCAUCUUUUGGCGCUGCUCAGAUCCAAUCUCUCGAUGGUUUGUUCAAUGUAACGUCUCCAAUUGAAAGUGGGAGUUAUGUGGCCGGGCAGAAACUACCUGUAACUUACAUUAUCCUCCAAGAAACCACAAGUCUAAAGAUGAAUAUUUUUCUCCAAGCGGUCGGAAUGAACUUUACAACGACUACAAUUGCUCUAAAUGCUGAUGUAUCCCAAGAAGUGUCCUCUAUUGUCACAGUCAAUCAGAAAACAUUCUGGCAACACUCUUACAAUUACGAUAUUCCUCAAAUCUCUCCUGCAGGGGCCUACAAGGUCGUUUUUCAAUCUGUCAAUACCAACGUCAAUACUUCAGUUGGAAUCAAUCUAAACCCAUUCAUUUCCUCAUCUUUGACACCUCCUUCAUCAACCCAGGCAUCUUCUGCAGCAUCAGCCUCGAGCUCAACUGGAUCUUCGUCUUCAAACUCUUCAAGAACUGCAAAUGAUAGUCAACGGAUUUCGGGAAAUAUCGGCUUUGUGGCUGCUGUUCUUGCCACAGGCCUCUUUUUCAUAACCACAUUUUAG